GCAUGAAGGCCGGAGAUCGGUUAGCACCCAUGUCAAGCCAUGCAGCAGACCCUCUCGUACUCAUCAUCAUCGCCUUCCCCCUCCCCGAUACCCAUGCCAUCGCCAUCAGCAUCCGCAGCAGCAGCACCACCGAUCCCGAAACCCAAACCGAAUCCAACACCGAAUCUAACUCUAAUUUCGAGUCCGAAUCCGAGUCCGCGGCCAAGAUCCACAGGCGGCGAUUCCAGAUUUCAGCCGGCUGUCAUUCCGGUGGAUUAUAGCUACCGCACCCGCUCGAUUCUCUCCGCCCAAUCGAUGGCCCCAUCCACUUUCGCCUCCAAUCAGAGCUUUGUGCGCCAGGCCUCGGAAUCGGAUGCCCAGCCGUAUAGCAGUCUGUUCGGGGAUCCUGUGCCGCCACCUCUCCAACCAGAUGAUUACUUUGGAACGGCAGCCUUUGAAACAUUGCGAACGGGAUCCGUGGAACUUCCCAGUUCCGAGGAGGAUGCACUGGUGGCCGCUGUGGCGUUGAAUGCUCUGCUUCCCGGAACAAGAGAGCGCAUUUUUCCAAAUGUUCCGUAUACGAGAACUCCGAGGAGCUCGGUUCUACCGUACCUGCAGCCACCGGACAUCCAGAUUCUGCCCAACUCUAGUGGAGGAUCCAGUUCGGAGCAGCUGGGAUCGCCCAAUUAUCGACUCCUGGCACCCGAUGACAUCCUCAACAAGCCGGACAUGUACGAUUUGGAGAAUGAGGUCGAGGAGUACUCAGUUGUGGGUCAGAGAAUGUCCUUCGACGACGAGGAAGAAGAACCGGUAAGGACUCCAAGACAAGGACCUCCCAAGUUAAGUGUGUCAAGCAUAAACACGGAGGAUCACAGAGGUUUACUGAGCGACUCCUAUUCGGGCAGAGAUUGGUUUCGACCGGCGCCGCAGCACUUUCCGGAAUUCACCCGUAUCCCGAAACUGCGUCCCAGUUCCAAGAUGAUCAUGUCGAUGAAGCAGGACGAAGGACCUCUAUCUCCCCUGGCCACCAUGAUCCAGGACAUGAACAGUUCGAGCAGCGGCGGUGAGGAGCGUGUGGCGCCCAAUGAUAAAAUGUCGGUUCCAAGGGACGUUGUACUCUCACCGAAGCAGUAUCUGGAGGAGCAGUUGGGUCUGGAAACGGGCAGUCAGAGGCAAAUGCUGGAGGACUACGGAAUGCCACCUCCACCGGCUGCUCCACCCCCUUUUCACAGGUCACUCUUUACUGAACAGGAUGAAAGCCAGGGAUUAGAACCACCGCCAAGUUUGAAGCGGGAAAUGUCACCAAUUAUAAUCAGGGAUUCCAUACCAAUGGGGGGAGAUUAUCGAGUGGACCAACCGCGUCCCCACAAGAAGACUGCUUUCACCAUUCUCUCCGCAGGCCAAGUGGCUCCUCCAUCCGCUCCUCCACGACCUUCACCACAAGUUCCCACCAGCCGGAGACACCACUCCAUCCAGUCGACAUCGACGACUACCUCAUCGCCAGCUGCCAGGCCGCAGAUCAGUCCACGCCGCAGAUCCAUCUUCGGUUCAGAUCCCAGACUGCCGGAAUUGCCUUCCUCCUUGGGUUACACCGCUCAUCACGUCCCGCAGACCACGGAUGACUCGCCACGUCCUUCGGUGCAGUUCAAUAUGAGUGGACGGCACAGUCGCAGCAAGUUGGCCGCUCCGCAGAAGGGAAUCCUCCAGCAAAGGGACUCACUGACCUCCUCCAUCGACACUUUUACUCCUCGGACCCAAAUAAGGAGAGGUUCCAUGAGCAGGAGUCCCAGCCACAGCCUGCCUUACGGCCAGAAGAUCAAGAGCAUGGAAACGCUGCCACUGAUAACCGAUCCCCAUCGCAGUGCCAUUCCCCGCCUGCACUACGGAUCCACCAUGGAGCUGGGAACUCGGGAGCAAGCUGUCUUUCCACCCGGAGCACUGCCGCGACCACUGAAGCCAAAUUUGAAUCCCACGCGAAAGCAACGAGGUCUCCUGAAGAUUAUCAACAAGGAGGAGGCACUCAACCGCUCCCCGCCGAGGUCCAAUUGGUGCAGCUUGGAUGACUUAAGCCGACCCUCCUUCGAUUCGGCUGCCAUCCAGGCAAGACGUCGAUCCAGUUCCACUUCGCCGGAGCGUCGGAGUUCCACCCAAACGGCCUCGGAUCGGAGAAGUUCCAACUUGAGUAGUGUUACCGCCACCACCUCGGACUUCAGUUUCCGCCGACCCACGCUCUCCACACUGCCAGGAGCUCAAACUCUGUCCAGGAUGCGUCGAAAAUCAAUUCAGGCUCCCAGUCCCAACAGACUACCCAACAGGAUACCGAGCUUCAACCAGCGAAGGCAGUCCAUCUAUCACAGGGAUCAAGAUAACAAACCUUCAAGCAGGCACGGGAAGAUUGCCAAGCCAAGUACUUUGUCACCGAUCAUUGGAACACCAAACAAGGAUAGCAGUUCGGCGCAGAGUCCCACCCACAGAUCCUCGAUGGUAGGAGAUGCGGUUGAAACGCAAUCGGAGGUAUCCACUCGCCGGGAUUCUAUAUCUCGUAUUCCCAUACGGAAAAGUCCCGAGUCACGCUCUAGUUCUCCUCUGAAGGAUUUCGGAGUCACUGCCUCUGGAAGAAGUUCCCGAGCUAGCAUAAGUCGUCCUCCAUCGAGAGCUAUGAACUCCGGAAGUCGUUCUCCUCCGAGAUCUAUGCAACCCAGCAGGACAUCCUCAAGAGAAAGUGGAAGACCGGGAGAUUCGCGGUCGGUAUCAAGGGGUCCAGCUUCUAGGCCAGGUUCUCGAAUGGAUCAGCUUGGUUCCAACUUAGAAAGAUCGAGUUCACGUUUGGAAAGGUCGAACUCCCGUUUGGACAGACCCAAUUCCCGCUUGGACAUGUCCAAUUCCCGGGGAAACUCUCGUGCUAAUUCCCGACUGAGUAUCAACUCCUCCUCCCUGCGAUCCUCCAGCAUUUCACCUGCGACAAUGAUCAGAAACAGAAGUAUGAGAUCCACAACUCCAAGUCGCCGAAAGUCCAUAUCUCUCAGUCCAGCAAGUGCGAUGAUGGGUCGCCGGAAAUCCAUUAGUCCCGAGGCCUUUAGCCAAAGCAGAAGAAUUUCCAGUCGGGGAAAGGCAGAGACUCCAGAUAUACUAUCUCGUAGGAACUCCCGCUCCCGAAUUCCCACCAGAUCGAGCAAAGCUGCGACCAAAUCCCCGCCGCAUUCGUCCAAGAAGAGAUCGAAAUCGCCGGAUAAAUCCAAAGCCAUGGGAACAACGCCCAAGAGCAGCAAAGCUGGUAAAGUGGCCACCACCAAAGGAAGCCCCAAAGCGAAGCCGAAGAUCCCUGCAAGUGCCAAAGUACCAAAGACCAAGACGGAAUCCUCGACGAAACCACCAGCAAAGUCUGCAAAGAAAACUCCAACCGGAGUUAAACCAAACACAGAUGGAAAGAAACCAACCAGCAAGGGAGCACCGACCAAGGAUGCGAAAAUGGAAAAGGGAAAGGAUAAAGAUAAGCAGAAGGCUGUUGGAGCCAAGACCAAUGGUAAGGAAUCAGUGGCUUCAGUAAGGACAAAAUCUCAGGUGACUAAGAGCAAGCCCUCUGGAGAACCGAAAACCGAGACCAAGAAGCCCUCCACCACAAAAACCCAUGGAAUCACUCUGGAGAAGGGAGCUAAUGGUUCUGAGUCUGCAGGGGGAAUAAAUCCAUUGGCGGCCCAAGUGGGAAACGCAGUGCUUCAGGCAGUCGAAGCUGUUCCUGCGGUCACCAGUGAGGUGAAUGUGCCCUCGACGCCAGGUGGUAAAGGAUCUGGAGGUGGUAAUAUGUCUAAGCUAGUGAGAAUGAGUUCCAGGAUGAGCCUGCUAAGCAACAAGAGCAUCAAGAACCGAUCGGAUUCCCCUCAAAAUCGAAAAGUAGCCACUGUACAAGAACAUGUCAGUGAAAUUGAAGAAACAAUAGCAACAAGUUCACAAGCCAUGUCCAACGAUGCUGCUGCUAUAUUAGAGAAAUCCCAGAAAACACUGGAGACAAUUCAAAAGACCGUUACCGAAGCCACCGAUGAGAUCCACAAGACCAUCAGCGAAAAUCUCACCGAUCUGAAGAGCCUGGAAAAUGAUCUCGCCGCAGAUCCUUCGCCAACGCCAAGUUCUGGAACCGUUUUGGCUAGACCCGGAGAAUCAGCAUCUCGAACGGGGACAGCGGAUGGAAGCAUUGCUCCUCAGAGCUCGGGAGAACUGCCCAAAUCUCCAUAUCCCCCCACGCAACCCAUCGAAGCCUCCGUUUCGGUUUUACAUCCCAAUGAAACCUCCGCCGAGCGAAUUGCCAGUGUUCCAGAGGUGGAAUGUGAGAGUUCCGAUCUGCCAACGGUGGCGGAAGUAUCUGACUCGGAUCUGGGUGGGAAUGUAAUGCCCACCCCAGAAAGUGGAGCAGAUUUUAAAGUGGAUGCCAAGCGAAGAUCGCCAGAUGGUCAGGGAGGAUCCACAGCGGGAAGUGGCGGUUUGCAAAAAAGCAGCAGUCAGGAGUUCCUCGAGGACAAGGAUAAUGCCAAAAAGGGAGGCUUGUGCGGAUGUUGCUCCAAGUUGUUCAUGCCCUGCCGUCGAUCCCACUGCUUCCGUUGCUGUCGGCGUCGCGAGAGGAACGAAUCUGCCGAGGAGCAGCCAGUCCUGUGGAGCGGAAACAGCAGUGCCACCACGGCCACCAAUGUCCAAGUGAUUGAUGAGACCAAGCCGAAGCGCAAACGGGCCACCGACUGGCUCAAGUCCAGUUGUUGCCGGAGUUGCCGCAAGAAACCCGCCUCCGUGGAGGAGAGUGCUGUCCACGAGGAGGAGGUGAAGCGGACCAAAAAGGCGGCCGAAAUGAGCACGGGACCAAGGGCAGGAGGUAAAUGCGGCCUUUGCCUGAGCAAGGUGUUCUGCUGUCGAUCCGUAAACAAGGUGGAUCCCACCACGGGCGACGAGACGGAGUUGAGUAGGUGCUGCUUCUGCAUACCCUGUCGGAGGGGUAAAAAACCAAACAAAAAAGGCAGCUCCGUAUCCUGGCGGGAUCAGGACCCUGAGCUGGGCAUCAAGCCCACGGAGUCCUCCGUGUUGGAAGGUGCCUCCGAGGCUGCAAUGUCAGCGACAGCCGAGGCUACAGAUAACCAAGUUAAAGAGGGCUGUUGCAAGCGCUUCUGGCUGAUGCUGCUCUGCUGUCGCAAAAGGAAGCGUCGUGAAUCAAAUGCUCGGAGGCAAAGCAUCAAGGCACCGCCACCCAGCGAGGACACCCGUAAAAAGCUGCACGUGGACCUGGUGGAGUACACAUCCAAAAUGAAGGGAGCUAUUCCAGUGCUGCCAUUGUACUUGGCAUGGUUCUGCGCCUUCUGCAAUGUGGUUUUUCCAGGACUAGGAACCUUACUCUCCGGACUCUUUUGCCUGUGCGUGGGCAUUCCUCGAUUCUCGCAAUUCGAUAGUGCCCGUGCCAGGAUCGGAUCCUUUAUCAUCAACAUUAUUGUGGCCGUAUCGCAGUUCUUCUGCGUGCUUUUCUGCUUUGUGGGUUGGGGAUGGUCCAUUUGGUGGGGCACCAUAAUGCUGAGAUGUGCAAAGAAACUAAGCAAGAUCAAAAAGGUGGAGCGCUUGGAGAUGGAGGAGGAGCAACGACAAGCGCAGUUGGCGGAGACAGGAAAGAAUGGCGAUGCCGAGGCGGCCAAGACAUAGUCCUCCGAUCCCGGAUAUAAAUAAGUUGCUUUUUAUACCAUUGUGUACAUACUUUUGUACAAAACAUGUAGAUUCCACAAAAACAUGCACUUCCACAUGAACUUCCAGGUUAAGCGAAAU